CUUGAGGAGAACUAUUUACAAAAUGCAGUCGGUACAUUUUCAGUCGCUUGCAUGCUCCACUGUUGCCUGCUAGGCUUCGUCGAGAGAAACCGCAGCGGGAUCUCCCAUGUCACGCGCCAUAAGGAUUGACCGUGUUGCUGCCGCCGCCCUUCGUUAUAAUGUCCGAUCUCUCUUCUCCGACAAUUCUUUCGCCGCCUCAGUCACUGUGGAUGGCGAAGAGACUGGUCUCUAUGGCUUCCCAAUCCUGAAGACAGCCAAGGGUUUUCGAAGGUUCGUGGAUGAGGCCAUCGAAAGUGCGGGGGAGCUCGCCUCCCGUAUUUCGCAGAUGCCACCCUCGGAAGAAGUCAUCAAUGCCAUGGAUGAGAUCUCUAACACCGUUUGCUCCGUCAUUGAUUCGGCGGAGCUCUGCAGGAACACCCAUCCCGAUAGGGAGUUUGUUGAGGAAGCAAACAAGGCAUCAAUGAGGAUUUCAGAGUAUUUACAUCCGGAUGGCAAAGAAAAUUCUUUCCUUAACAAUCCCAAAGUUAGAUCUUUCUCCACAAGAAAUGAUGUUGUUUCUGUCCCUUCAAAUGUAGAAAGCAAGUAUAUGCAUGGACGGGAGAAAGAACUUUCUAGUCAUCUUGCAAGUAAUAUUAUCAGCAUGAAACAACACUUCUUUAAAGGUGCAGCCCAUAUGAAAGUAAUUGCAAUAAGGAAUACACUAAUCUAA